AUGACUCAGCGUGAGUUUCAAGCUUUUGACAACUCCAACUCCAACCCUCGACGAAGCCUCACCUCCAACAAUUCACCACCGCCCAGCAAACCCUCCACCAACAUUCAAAUCGCCGCCACAAUGUCGCCGUCCACCCAGCGCGCCGACCUCAAGCCUCUGACCCUGCACGCCCACUCGGGGGGCCCGAACCCGUUCAAGAUCGCCUCGGCCCUCGAGUUCCUCUCGCUCCCCUACACCGUCAAGGUCUGGGACUUCAACGACGACCCUACCACCGGCCUCAAGGGGACCACGUUCCUCACGACCAUCAGCGAGAAUGGGCGCGUCCCGGCCCUCGAGGAUCCCAACGUCACCGUGGACGGGGGCAAGCCCGUGAUCAGCUGGGAGAGCGGCGCGUGCAUGAAUUACCUACGCCGCGUAUACGACGCCGAUGGCAAGGUCCUAGGGCCCCGGAACGCAAAGGGCGAGACGGGCAGCGGUAAGGUGUCCGAGCAGGACAGGGUGGAUUUCGAGAAGUGGGAGUACCUGCUCCUGACGACCGUGGGGCCGAUGAUGGGGCAAACGAACUGGUUCAGACACUACAACCCCACGCCGAACGAGGACGCCCUGAACCGCUACGUCGGGCAGGUAAACCACUACUUCGGCCUCAUCGAGAAGCAGCUCGCCAAGACGGACGGCGCCAGCAUCUUGCCUGGCGGCGUCACCGCUGUCGACCUGCACUACGAGGGCUGGAUCCACCAGACCGCGUACGCCGGCAUCGACAUGCAGCCGUACCCGCUGUUGGCCAAGUGGGCAAAGAUGAUGAUCGAGCUCGAGCCGGUCAAGGCUGCGUACGCAAAGAUCAAGGCUGCUGCGAAAUAG